AUGGUAGCAGCCCGCAAGAUUCUUAUUGUGGUCGGCAUCCUCGUGGUCAUUGGUGUAGCCAUUGGCAUUAUUGUUGCAGUCACUGGAGGAAGCAACGGUGAUAGCGCCAACACCGCUGAUGGGACCUCGGCCGAUGGUUCUAAAUCGAAAAAGCCCGGUACUUCUAAGGUGUCGGAAUCCGAUCUGUUGACUAGCGCGACGACGAGUGGCAGUGGAUUGUCCAGCAAUGAGCCAACGAGUGACCCGGAGAAGGCCAAGGCUGCGUUGACUAUGCUCGCCAUUGGUGAUUGGGGCGCGACCACAGACAAGCCUGGAUCUUGCUGUAACAAGUACCGUAAGGUUGCCAAUGAUUCGCUCGAGUACAAGACCGACUAUUGGGCCCAGAUUAAUAUUGCUGAAAUCCUUGGAAAAGCUGCCGGUGACAUUAAAGCGUCGCGCAUCAUUGGUCAUGGUGACAACAUCUACUGGAACGGUGCUGGAGUCGAUGAUAUUGAUUAUCGCAUGGAAGCGACAUUUGAAAGCGUGUACGACCAAUCGGGGCUCGAGGGCAUUCCAUGGAUCAAUGUUGUAGGCAACCACGAUCUUGGUGGCUCCGAGUACAUUUGCGGUGAAAAGGAUUACAACUUCCGUGAAUGUGAGAGCAGCGAGGAGCUGGUCAAGUACUUGAAUCUCAAGUUUUCGCUCCAGCAGAAGUACAAGAGCGCUAACAGCGACCGCUGGAAACUGUCGGACCACUACUACGUCGAAAGCGUCGAGGAAAAUGGCGUGUCGGUCGAUAUCUUUAAUAUUGACACGAAUCUUGCCGACUCACACGGUGUGAUGCAGAUCUGCUGCCAGUGCUACGGUUACGUGAGAAAGCAAAAGUUGAGUGAGGCCGAGUCCAAGAAGCUUGGUGCCACGUGCAACGACCGUAUUCCUGGUGAUAAGCUCUGUGCUGGUGGAAGCACUGAGUUGUAUAAUUCUUGUGCCAACACGAUCAAGAAGUGGUGGGAUGAUUCACUUGAGCAGGUGCAGAAGGACCUAGCGAAGUCCACGGCUACCUGGAAGAUCAUCAAUUCGCACUACUCGCCACACUUCCACAUGAGUGAGGAUAAGAUGAAGGAGUGGUUCAUGAUCACCAAGGAAGGUGGUGUGCAUCUUUGGAUGAAUGGUCACACGCACGGCUUCAAUCAUGACAUUUCUAAUUGGGGUACGCACUUCUGCGAGAAUGGUGGCGGCGGUGGAAUCCAGUCUGAGACCUCAGGCAUGCCUCCUGAGGUUGCCGAGAAGUAUGUUGAACACGCGUGGAUUGCCGCUGGUAACCCGUACGGCUUCUUCAUGCUUCAUUUCUCGAAGGACUGGCUCAAGACAGAGUUCGUGACGUUCGACGAUAAGUGGACUUUUAGCGUUAAGAAGGAAGAAAUUGUCAAGGGCGGCUACCAAAAGGGUCACUGCUGGCACAUUCCUGUGACUGUUGGUGCUGGCAAGGAGUGCAUUGCGAGCAAGAAACGAGUGUAG